CUCCCCUUCUCGCUCUGUCGCGUCGGGGACGCGCAAUGAAUCCCACACUAGCUGGAGAGGAAAAAAGCGCCGACGGACUGCAACAGCGACUCACCGGGAAAAAAAAUGUUCCCUCCACCGCCCUUCAUCAACGCUGAUGUCUGCCAAAGUCAUGUGAAAGGAUCCGCUACGUACAAGGACUCGAGUUUUUUGGACCAUUGAACUUGUUUAGUUGGAUUGUAAACUCCAGGAAGUGAUUGAAAACACACAGGGAUUGAAGUUCAAACAGGACAGGUGCAGAAAAUGGCGCGACGGCUCCUGCAGCUUCUUGCCUUGUGGACGACUGUGGUCGGCAAUGUGCAGUGCUGUCCAGAGCUCUGCAGCUGCCAGGAUAAACAUACCCACCAGAUUGCUGACUGUGCUUACAAAGAGCUGCAGGAGGUACCUGAGGGUCUCCCCUCCAAUGUUACCACUGUGAGCCUUUCUGCCAACAAGAUUAAAUUACUGAAAAGUAAAAGCUUCAUCGAUAUCACACAAGUCUCCUCUCUCUGGCUGGCCCACAAUGAGAUUGUUACCAUAGAAACGGACACCUUGGCCCCCUUGAUCCAGCUCCGCAACCUGGACAUCAGCUACAACAAAAUUGUGGACUUUCCCUGGGAGGACCUGCGCAACCUCACAGGCCUGCAGCUUCUGAGAAUGAACAACAAUGAGAUGGUGAACCUUCCAAAAGACGCCUUUACCAAUCUCAAAGACCUACGCUCGCUGCGAAUCAACCACAACAAGUUCACCGUCAUUGAGCAGGGUACAUUCAGUGCGCUCUCCUCCAUGUCUCACCUGCAGAUUUUCGACAACCCUUUCACGUGCUCCUGCAAUCUGGAGUGGCUGAGGGAUUGGAUCACGACAACCAAGAUAUCUGUCCCCAGUCCAAACUUAAUUACAUGUGAGGCCCCCGAACACCUGAAGGGUACAAUGGUUACGUUGAUUCCCAAACUGGACUGUGUAGCCCCAACCGUCAAAAUAUCCAGCGAACCCAACGUUGAGAACACAGAGAUCAGUGAGGGAUUGAUGGUCAUCUUAAAUUGUGAGACAACGGGGAGCCCCACACCGCAGAUCAGCUGGGAGGUGACUGCAGGAAAUCAGAAUUUUCUGUUCCCCCUGCCCUCCACCGGAGAGAUGAAUGAUGUGCCAAUUAAUGAUAAAACAACCAACGGUCGAUUCCUGGUCUUUAGAAACGGCUCUCUCAUCGUCCCUCGGAUGAGUAAAAGGGAAGAUGGAGAUUACAGCUGCUCUGCGGGGAAUGAUUUAGGCAGGGCUGAGAGCAGUGUUAAACUGGCUAUGGCUGUCACCCAAAAACAUGGCAUAGACUCGAAGCCCGAUUCUACACUGGAGAAGAUCCGCCCAUCAGUUAAAAAACCUGCAGAGGCCGGUAGCUCCAUAAACAACGUCAUCAACUGGACCAAGCCCGACGGAAAGCCAAAGGGAGGCCCUGAAGGUCCAUUCGACAAAAGUGCCGGCACAGGGCAGGUCGUAAAGGAGCACACAUUUGCAAGCAAGUGCGGCGUGAGGGAAAGCAGUGAAUACAUCUCGAACCACGCCUUCAACCUGAGCUUGGAGGACCUGAAGCAGUACACGUUUGAUUCGGGCGUUAUUGCCUUAGAAGUGUCAGAGACAGAGGCCAAAGUUCAGCUAAAUCCGCUGCAGCUUCCCAGCAGCAAAUCUAACCUUCACGUGAGUCAGACUGAGAACCAGGAAACAGUGAGUAAAGAUGCCUUUGCCCCGUACCAGUCCUCAUCCAGUAAAGUCACCUUGAACAUGCUCUACCUCUGUGUAAAUACAGGCAAUGGACACUCCAUGGUUCAGUGGUCCAAUAUAGAGGAGGGGGUUAACGCCUACCGCUUCCAUGGUUUACAUCCCGGCACCAAUUACACACUUUGUCUCACCCAUGGGGGGCAGGACUGCCAAGUCCAAGUGGUCUUCACGACCAGGAAGAAGAUCCCCUCCCUGCUUAUCAUUGUGGUUGUUAGCAUUUUCCUCCUGGGUCUGGCCACUGUCCCCUUAUUUGGGGCCACCUGCUGUCAUUUGUUAUACAAGUACCAAGGAAAAACCUACAAGCUGAUCAUGAAGGCUCAGAAUCCGGAUCAGAUGGAGAAACAGGCAACGGAAGAUUUCGAUCCCAGGGCGUCCUUUGUGGAGUCGGAGAAAACCUUCGACCCCAGCGAGUUAGGCGAGGGGGAGGGAGAGGCCGACGGGGAGGAAGGAGACGGGGAGGCCGACGGGAGCGUGGUGACAGAGUCCAUCCCCGGGUCCUCAUCCAAAACCAACCCGGAGGAGUUCGAAGUGGGCUCGGAGUACAGCGACAAAUUACCGCUGGGAGCGGAGGCGGUCAACAUCUCGGAGGAGAUCAACGGCAACUACAAGCAGCCGAGCCGCUGAGCUGCACCGGGCGGCCGCGACCGAAUCCUGUCACGUCGUUUACUUUCAAGGAGCCGGCCAAUCACCCACCUCACCAUUACUCCACGUUGAACAUCGACGGCUUCUCAUUCCAAAAAAAAAAAAAAAGGUGGAUCGUUUGAAUUGUUUUUACCUCAGAAAGUGAAUCACGCGUGAAGUACUUCAUGUGACGUUUUUUUUAGUGAACUGUAAGGUUAAAUUAGGAAACGCGUACAAUGUUUACAACGCGCGCACUGAUUUAUACAGUUUGUAAAGAGCUCAAAACGGACGAUAAAAUCAGCUAAAGGUCCGCGCGGUUUGGGCGGCGCGCAGAAUUCGACGGAGUUUUACAAAAAAAAAAUGUAUUAACCGUUUUAAAUAGCACAAACAACAAGUGCCAUAUUUUUUAAAGGGAUUUUAAAUAAAGUGACAUCAGGGAUCUCUCAACGGCUUAUUACCACGUUCUCAAGUAUCCACACUGCGGCCACGCGCGAUGUUUGAUCAAAUGAUGCACAUGUUUGGUUUUGGUGCGCUGUCCUGUGAGACCAAAAAAAAAGAAAAGAAGAAGAGACAUUGUGUUGUGUUUCACGUAAGGCUUUAGAAUUGUGCGACUUUAAACCUCUUAAUUGACGGCUGCUUGCUUACUCACGCUUUUUACAUGACGUGUCCACGGCAUGCCACGUAGCCUAUUUCCGUGUGUGCUUUUUAUUAGUGUAGACUAGAGGACUUUAGAUGUUGCUGUCAACCUGUGAUGUGAAGCCAUGUCAAUGGAAAUGUUAAUUACGUUUUUUUUUUUUUUUUUUUACGACGGUCAGUUUCUAUGAAGCCUGAACUAAAGGUGUCCGGCGGCUUCACUGUGUUGUACGUGGAUGUAUAUAGUGAGUUUUUGUGAACUGUUGUAAAACCAAACGAAAAACAAAACCAGUAACCUUUUAAGAUUUUUUUUUAUAUCUUAUGUAAGUGGAAUUAAUAAAACAUGAAACUCGU